UUCUGUAUUAUUUUGCUUUGAUGUUAUAAAUCAUGUGUUGAGAAGUUUGUAUAACCUACUCUAAAAAUGGAUCCAGUGCAACCAAAUACCGAAAUAUGUUAUUCUCAAACUUUUGCUAGAAAAGAAUUUGCCGAAGUUGUUAGCAAAAACGAUGGAAAGGCUGAGCGUAAGGCCAAACUUAAGAUAGUCUGGAGACGUUUGCCAUCUGUUUUAACUGAAGAUGUUCUUAUCGAAACUUCGGCUUCUUACGUGAACUCUUUCGACUUUUGCAGAUUUGUCACAGCACCUAAAUCACUCGGAGAAAAUAGUUUUUCUCGAAUGUACAUUUAUUUUAAAACUAGUGAAGAUGCUCUUAACUUCGGACAAAGUUUCAGGGACCAUCUUUUUCGAGAUAGCAAAGGUAACGAGUACGUUUCUGUGGUUGAGUAUGCGCCUUACCAAAGGUUCCCUAAACCAAGGAGAAAGGAUCCUCGUGCAAACACGAUUGAAAGCGAUGCGGACUAUCUAAAAUUUGUAGCUACGCUAUCCGAAGGAGGAGAAAGUAGACCGGCAGAUAAAGAGUCUGAGAAAAAGCUGGACACCUCCACAACGCCACUCCUUGAAUAUCUAAAAGCGAAGCGCACCUCUAAGCACCGCGACAAACUCUGCAGGCGUUCCGGGCAGGUCAAGGGCGCCAGACUAGGCGACUUGAAAACUAUUGUCGAAAAAGAAGAGCCCGACUCGCCCUAUUGGAAGCCAGGCUGCUCCACUUCCAAUCAGAAUGCGCUUGACGGUAUUGGCUCCAGCAGAAAAUCUGCAGAGCAGCAGCAGAAUGCUUUGCGGGGAAAGGCAUGCGACAGGCCGGGCGAGAAGGAGUCCUCUCGCUACGUACGCAGUUCGCUGUACCACGCUCAAGGGCGGGACUCCCACCAACCUGCCUCGUGCGUGUCUCGGACUCGAGAAGGCGAGUUUUUCAAGGCUCAGUCCAUGCAAGCGAGUCUCGUAUUGCCUCCACAGCGAAGUUCCAGAGCGUGCGAUAGACGAAAGUAGCGAUAACACAAGAGACCAUUGAGAAGAUAAUAUUUACAGAAAUUACAGAACUGCUUUUUUUAAUGCAGAGAAGCGCUUAUGCGAUCGACUUUUGCUUAAUAGCGCUGGUUGUAGUAACCUGUGGGCUCCGUGACAUAUAAAGCACUU